ACCAGAUAGCGUCGUUUAAUAAGGUAAAACCUUGAAAGAUUGAACUAAGUGAGUGUAAUUGGUGGUGAGGCUUGUCGAAAUGGGAUCUCCGAAGGGAAUCGAUGAUCAUCGGAUCUCAAAUGAUGAAAGUUUCCAAAAUCAUGAUGCAUCGGUUGAUGAUACUAGUAUUAUAUACUUAGUCUGUGACUUACUUUCAUCAAAUUUGACCAUUAAUAAAGAGUUGCUCGUUGAUUGGAAAUCAGAACUUACCGAUAGUAUUGGGGAUUCCGCUGAAUUGAGUUCUGUAAUUGAUGAAUUGAUUCUUGCUUCACCAGGAAACGGAGGGAUUUUUAAUGAUGAUUCGGCUUUGAAUAAGCACUCAAUUCUUGAUUUUUUAUCUAAAUUUAAUAACCUCGAUGAUGAAUUAUACCAUGAUUUAAAAAUUAUUUUGUUUGAAUUAUUUCUUCGUGCUAUAUCGACCUGUUAUACUACUAAGAUUCAACUAUUUAGAACAAAUGUCCAUGAAAUCUUAAUAAGUAAUUUGAUUUCAAUUGCAUCAAAACCACUGAACUCCUUUGGCUGGCUCGAUUAUAACAAACCCCUGGCCAUAAACCAACAUAUGCGUCUCAUUAUCAACUUUAUGGAAUUAGGUUGUGAUAUCAAAUGUUACAAAAAAUUAAUUCAAAAUAUAUUUGAUCCCCAAACAAAUUCAAAUUUAAAACUAGUCAUCCUAGAGCUUUUAAACCAAAUUCAUUCAAGUUACUCAAGUCACUUUGACUUCUUCCUAUUCAAUGAUUUCCAAUCAUCCUCAAUUUCAAUUCCCUUUUCAAGUGAUAUUACUUCACUGGAAUGUUUAACUUUACAAUCUUGGUUUAAAUUGAAUACCUCGAAUUCAGACUACUUACAAGAUAAUACACAAGCCACCGAUGAAUAUGGUGACAUCCCGUCAACCACCUUAUUUCUGCUUGCAAAUUCUUCAAGUAGCUCUUCGUCAAUCCUAAAGGUUCAAUUGAUUAAUAAUAGCCAAUUUAUGAUUGAAAUAAUCGAUCAAUCAAAUGGAUCUCGCAUGCAAUACACUUUUAAUCAAAUAAUACUGGAUCAAGCAUACUCUGCUUCAAAUAAUCAAGGCUAUGUUCAUUUUGCUUUAACUUAUGAUACUUACAGAAAUUUGAAUCUUUAUAUUGAUGGUGAAUAUAGUGAAUCAAUACCUUGUCCAGAACUUUAUAAAGUCUUAAAUACUUGGAAUAAAGUUUACGUUGGUCAAAAUAAGGAAAACCCAACAUUCAUAAGCCAUGAUGAGUUAUUAAUUAGAAACUUGACUGUUCUAAAUACCGCUCUAACUUACGAAUGGGUUUAUUUCAUAUUCAAUUUGGGUCUAGAAUAUGAUUGGGAUUUUAAAGAUUUCAACACUCAUAAUUUAUCAAACCAACUUAACCAUUUAAGUCCAAAAAAAUUAACAAACCUUGCCUUCAAAAUUCAUGAACUUAAAAAUGGUGGCAGCUUCAAAAAUAAAAAUGGCAAUAAAAAUUCUAGUAUCAAUAGUCGCUUAAAUGAUUAUAACACUUCUGCAUCUUCUGAAAACUUUGUGUUUAUGAACAAUUUCCAAUCAGACCAAACUAAACGCCACUUGAGAAAACUUCAAGCAAUUUCCUCUAACUCGAGCGUACUAUCUGAAUCUUCGGCUCGUCUGGCUGCAAAUAAUAAUGCCACUUCCUCGGAUUCUUCUCAAAGAGCAAAUAGUAAUAUCGUUGACCGAAGAAUCAUUACAGACUAUCUUUCUCGAAGUUUGAUAAAGCAAUCAAAUAUUGUUUUUGAUAUUCAUGACUGUCUGUUUACAAGUACUCUAGAAACUCCACAAUCCCCAAAAGCCUUAUAUCAUCGCGCAAAACCCAUUCACGGUGCCUUGUAUAGCAUUGGUGGUCCAUCUUUGUUAUUGAAAUUGAUUGAAUCCGCAACUCAAAAUGAGCUUAAUGUCAAAGGACUCAAUGAUUCAAUACUCUAUAUAGCUUUGAAUUUACUAUUCACCAUACUACAAAACAACUGGAGGAUUGCAAAAGAAUUUGAAAAUCUUAAUGGAUACGGAUUGCUCCUGGUGUUAUUCACAUACUACAAAGAAAAUGUUAAUAAAUCACUUACCCUUAACCUAAUCGAAGAGCUACUUCCGGAUAAAUGCUCUUCGUCAUCGUCUUUGAACACCAAUUCAGACUGUGGAGAAUCACUUAUUGAAUGUAAUAACUUACUCAGGCUUAUUCUAGACCAUGUUGGGUAUGACUUCAUCGAUCCUCACGAGUCGAUUAUCGUGAACCCAAUUGCAUACCGAUUUUUGGUUUUGAACUUGAAAUUAUACUUGGGCUCUGACAGUUUCAAAUUUUUACUUUACCACUUCCAAGUCCUAUCUGUUGCAAGUAGGUUCAAUAUGUUCAAUACUCUGGAGCUAAAUAGGAUGAAAGUUUUGAAAAAGUUAAUCCAAUUUUUAAAGUUACCAGCGUUGAAUGAUAACAAAUUGACGGAUGAUCUAAUUGAUCAAUUAAGUUUAACCCUAAACUGCUUUAUUAGAUCUGAUACUUCGGUAGAGUCAAUAAGGUCAAUUUCGCUCUUCAUAAUAUACUCGUUAUAUCAUAGCUCGUAUGACUUAUCAGCUCAAUUCGGAAUCAUCACUUUGAAGUCUUUAACUGAUGUGCUUUGUGACCCUAACUCAUCUAUAAAAGUCUUGAAAAAGUUUUCCAGAUCUAUUACGAUUCAUUGGAUCUUGCUUUUGUUUAACUACAAGUCAGAAUCAAACUCAGAUAAUUUUAAAUUCAAUUCAAAAGAUGUGGUGAAUUGUGGUUUGACCUUACUUACUAAACUAUUAAAGAUUUUAGGAACUCAUAUAAUAAAACGAUUUUUUCAAGCUAACCACGGAUUGGACAUUCUAACUCGUUUUUUGAAAGACUGGUGGCAUGAUGAUCAAAUAUUAGCUGUAAUUUUUUUGUCCAGUUUUGGUAUCGAUUCCUUGAACUUUGACAGCUCUGAGUUGACACUUAUUUCUGUUAUAACAAACGAAUCGUAUUCAUCAUCACUAAACCAAGUGAUUAUGCCAGACUUUUUACUACUUUUAAAUAACUUGGUGUUGAAUAGUAUGUACACACUCGGUUUGAAUCAUGGUAAAGUUUUGAGCGCUCCUAGCUCACCGCUCAAGAUUAAGCUGCAACAAGAGACAGACGAAAAUUUAGAGCUAUCCUUGAAUGCAUUACACUUAAUCAGUCAAUACGCAGAAGCAAUACAACUCGGUUUUGAUAAAUUUAAAAGCUUGCAGACUUGCUAUAGCAGAAAAGAUUGGUUAGAAGGCAUCUUUGAACUAAUUGGUCAUCUAAGAUUGUCUUUGACUUGGGCUUCCUCGGAUCUUUUACACAGUUUUCAAAAUUGUUAUGAUAGACUUAUUAACGUUAUUUCUAAUAUCUUCGUUUCAAAAUUAUUGAAUAUAAAGGACCUUUUCAAAACUAUCUCAGGCUUAAGUGAAUUUACCAAAACUCUCGUCUUGGACAUUAUAUUUCCACGUAUAUUCAAGCAUUUGAAUGAGUUCGUUACCGUCUCGAACUUUAUUUUUAAUGAAAAGGAAUUUCUUGAAGGAGCAAUUGAUUUGAUGAACUAUUACUACUCAGAAUUCGUCAAUAAAAGUUACUACGUGACCAGUGAUAAUAUAGACACAUUUCUUGUUUGUAACUUGUCUAUCAUUGAAACAAUUGAUAAUAAUAGCGGCUUCUCGAAGUCACAUUCAGCCAAUGUCACACAAUUAAGAAAAUCAUUGGGACAUGUUAUUAUUCUCAAAUUCUUAAAACUUUCUCAAGAAUAUACCUUAGAUAAUGUUAGUGAUUGGGUUGAGUUUAAUCCAGCAGAUGAAGAAAGGGCAAAUGGCGAAUUUGGUAAAAAAAUCAAUGAGGCCGCAAAGCAAUUACUCUAUAGACAAAUUACAAUUCUACAAAAUGAAAAUGUUUUGGAUACUAAAAGGUUAGCGUGCCUUAUUGAUCUUCUUGUUGGUAAUUUUCUCCGUUUAGCACCUGGGAUACAAAUGGCCAGUAGUGAACAUGUAUUAAACUUUUUGAGAACUUGUUAUUUAAUGCGCCAGGAAGAUUUCCCAAAAGUUCUUGAUAUUGAAAGCACAAACUCUGAAUACUCUAACUCUCAAGAAAUCAUUUUGGAGUUCUUUCAAAACUUGCUCAGCAAGAAUGAUGAAGAAUCUAUUAAAUCUGUCUACAGGACUUCUGCAUUCAAAAAUAUUUUUCAUAAAAACUUGAAUGCUUAUGUUGGACAAUACAAAGAAACGCCAACCCUUCAUGUGCUUGAUAUGAUCCGGGUCAUGUUGAAUAAUGGGGGUAAAUUAGGACAGAUGAAUAGUAUUUAUAUCAAAAGUUUUGAGAAGAAUUGUGAACAAUUGAAAGUUCUGAUCAUCAGUGGUGAACUUGUCAAAUUUAACAGGGCUAUUCAGGAUCAGCAAGAAAAUAUUCAAUUUUUUGUUUGUAACUACAACUACCUUAAGUCUGACAUCAAUAGAUUGAUUUCUCCUGAAGACCGGGUUAAAGUACAGUAUGUACUAGACUAUAUUGAAAAUGUUGACCGUAUGAGAAGAAGAUUAAUCGUAGAAGAUCAAUUGUCUGAUUCAGAGAAGCUAUCUUACAACAUUGAAAUACCCAUUAAAAAAAUUGAACAUAUAACAACUGACUUCGAUACAUUUGAUGAUAUUUUAGCCAACAGUGGAAUUGAUACGCUCAACUUAUCAUCCGACGAUGAUACUACAGAAACUGACGAUGGUUACGAGGUUCUUGAUAUGAAUGAUGCAUCCGACUCCACAAGCACAACUUAUGAAGACAAGAACAGAAAGGUAAUCCGAAGUUUAUAUAUGGGGGAUCAAAUUAUUGCACUUUGGAAUGUGAGUCAAAUAAAUGGACUUGUUCCAAUUGAAAGUUUGAUAAUUUUGGGCUCAGGCUACCUUUACUUGAUCGAGAACUAUUUUCAUUGUGCUGAUGGUAAUGUUAUUGAUGCCAAAGAUGCUCCUGCUGAAUCCAGGGAUCCUUAUUUACAGUUAAUAAACUCUCAAUCUAGUAAUUAUUUGAAAAAUGAUGACAAAGUUCAUAGAAAUAAAAGCUGGGGGAUAGAGAAGUUGAGUUGUAUUUCCAAAAGACAAUUUUUACUUCGAGAUAUCGCUGUGGAAAUGUUUUUCAAUGAUGGGGCCAGUAUUUUGAUAACCUGUUUAUCUACUAGGGAACGUGACUCCAUCUAUGCCAAAUUAGCUCCUUACGCUACAGGCAAAGGACUCGACCAUGAUUUAGCGCAAUCAUUACAACUUUCUUCGCCAGCCGCGGCAAAUACUCCUCCCAGUAGCAGCAGUGCAUCUUUCCUUACAUCUAAGAUUGCAUCUGCUUUUGCAGCUACUCCUAGUUCAGCUUAUUUAGAAGCUACUAAAAAGUGGAAAAUGGGUGAAAUGUCAAACUUCUACUAUUUGAUGAUUAUAAACACAUUUGCUGGUAGAACUUUUAAUGAUUUGACCCAAUAUCCUGUGUUCCCUUGGGUAAUUGCUGAUUAUACCAGUGAAGAGUUGGAUUUUUCUGAUCCUAGAACAUUCAGGGACUUAUCGAAGCCAAUGGGUGGACAGACCCGUGACAGAGCAUAUCAAUUUCAAGAAAGAUACGAAGCAUUAGAUAGUUUACAAGACCAUGAGGCACCUCCAUUUCAUUACGGUACUCACUAUUCCUCUGCCAUGAUUGUUACUUCAUUUUUAAUUAGAUUAAAGCCAUACGUUCAAUCCUACUUGUUACUUCAAGGUGGUAAAUUCGAUCACGCUGACAGACUUUUCAAUUCCAUUGAGAGAGCCUGGUCAUCAGCUUCUAAAGACAAUACAACUGACGUCAGAGAAUUAACUCCUGAAUUUUUUUACUUACCUGAAUUUUUGGUGAAUUCGAAUAAUUUUGAAUUUGGAACACUUCAAAAUGGGCAAGCUUCUAAUGAUGUUGUAUUACCGCCCUGGGCAAAAGGAGAUCCAAAAAUCUUCAUUGCUAAGAAUCGGGAGGCUCUAGAGAGUCCAUACGUAUCGGCAAACCUUAAUUUAUGGGUUGAUUUAAUUUUUGGCUUUAAACAAAAUGGUCCAGAAGCUGUCAAAGCAUUAAAUGUAUUUCACCAUUUGUCUUAUAAUGGUGCAAUUAACUUGGAUAAUAUCAACGACGAUGUUGAAAAAAGAGCAAUUAUAGGUAUGAUAAAUAACUUUGGUCAAACUCCUAUGAAAGUCUUCCAUAAACCUCAUCCAUCAAGAGAAAUAUUAAACGUACCUAACUAUUACCUUAGUCUGAUCAACUUGAACAGAAGACCUACCUUAACAUUUGAAUCUAAAUUGAAGUUACCGAUUGAAAAGAUUGAAAAGAGCAGUAAAACUAGAAAAUGGGUGGGAAGACCUGCGUGCAUUACAUCUGAAGAUGAUCUUUUAAUAAGAAAGUCUAAUGACCGAGGAUCCUUGAUUAUAAAUACCACAUCCUUUUUGAAUGUUCAUCUGUCGGAUAUCACUUGUAUACUUCAGACAGGACAUAAGUUGUUUUUGACUGGAUCAGCGGACGGGAUUAUCCAAGUAUGGAAGUGUAAUACGAAACCUGUUCUCAGCUUACAAUUCCAAUGUGUUAUGAGGGGACACAUUGCCCCUAUCAAGACUUUAAAAUUCAGUAAGACAUUCAAGGUUUGCAUCAGUGUUGACACUGAUGGGGUAGUGAUAAUUUGGGAUUUGACUAGGUUUAAAUUCAUAAGAAAAAUCAAACCUCCCGUUCAUACUGAACAUGCACGGGUGUUGGUUUCCAUUUCAAAUGAUACUGGGAACAUUGUCACAAUCCAUAGUACCAGAUAUUCCAAUGUAUUAACAAUUUAUACCAUAAAUGGAGAGGUGAUCUUAGAUAAAAAGCUCAAACCUGGGUUUGUCACAUGCGUGACUUUUGGAAGUAUCAACGAUAGUCAGGUCAACUCCGGUGCAAGACUGACUACCAACAAUCAUGCAUACUGGUCGCAUGAUAUCGUUGCCGUAGCCUUUGGCUCACCUCAUAGAUCAAUUGAUAUCAACGAGAUUGUGCCGGUGACGGAUUCAAGCGAACCUGCCAAGGGUCAGUCCUGGCUCUUGCAAAGCAGUAAUACCAUUCACCUUGAUAAGAGUGACUAUGGUAUUAUGGGAAGUAUCACUGCUCUUGAGCUAUUCAAGGAAACCGAAAUCGAUACUGAAGAUAAGAUUUGUCGUGGCCAUUUAAAACUCAUCUUGGGUGACUCUACAGCUUGGUACUCGGUCUCGUCUAUAACGUCCCAGUUGACCAAGCUUAUAUUGGUUAAAUUUUCAUAUCCUUUAUUCCUUGGUUCAUUUCAAUUUUUCAUUGGGGCAGUACUAGCACUAUGUAUGAUUACCAUUGUGAAAGCCUUCCCUGAAAUGGUUUCACAAUUCCCACCCGGGAGUGUUCCUAAUGAUGUGAGUCUUCCAACGUUUAGAAAAGCGGUUCUUUUCAAGAUUCUUCCCUUGGGUUUAUUUCAGUUUGCUGGGAAGUUUUUCUCUUUAAGUGCUACUUCGUUGAUUCCCUUGGCCACUGUAUCGAGUGUGAAGGCAUUAUCACCGUUGUUAAUUGUUCUUGGAUACAGAUUUGUUUAUAAGGUGAAAUUCCCAUUAAUAACAUAUUUAUCAUUGACACCUUUAGUUGGAGGAGUUAUAUUUAUAAUUUUUUCUGAUUCACUUCAUGUCAAACCAUCAUCUAAGGCAAAUCUAAUAGCAAAUGAAAAUAAUCGAUUCAAUUAUUCCCAAAUGAAAGGUUUAGCAUUUUGUAUAGUGAGUACAUUAAUUUUUGCUGCACAGAAUAUUUAUGGUAAACAAUUAAUAACCUGGGAUUCUAGUACAACAGCAAGUCCAGCUUCUUUAGCACUUAAUACUGAAUUAAGUAGACCUGGAACUCCAAGCUUGAAUAGUUCCAGUGAAAAGAUUAAUGAAUAUCCAAGAUUAGCCCCUUCGGUUAGUAAACCAAAACAUUAUAUCAGACAACGAACCAACUCUAUCAAGUUACCAUUUUCCACUCAUGAUAUUAAAUAUGAAGAUAGAUAUCAUAGUAACAAUAAUAGUAAUGAAUAUUUACCAUAUGAUGAAUCGGUUAACCAAGCUAAUCAAAAUAUUAAUAAUCCACUUUCCAAUUUUAUGGGAUAUGAACCAAUAGCAAAACCAGAUAAAAUGACAAUUAUUUUAUACUGUUCCAUGAUUGGAUUCACUUUUUCAAUCGGCGGGUUCAUAAUGAAAGAGUUACCUAGUAUACUUAUGGAACCUAUCAAAGGAUCGGUUGAUUCAAUCAGUGAGGUUUUUGUGAUUAUUGUCCUUAUCAUAUUAGAUUCACUCUCUCAUUUUUUGCAAACUCUAUUAGCAUUUCAUUUACUAGGUUCGAUUCCUACAUUAUCAUACUCAAUAGCUUCUAUGAUGAAAAGAAUUGUCUUAAUCACCGUUAGUCUUCUUAUUGUUAUGGACUCUUCUAACAUUCCGGACCCUGAAAGUAAAUGGUUUGGAAGAAUCACUAGUGAACAAUUCUAUGGUCUCAUCUUAAUAGCUAUUGGGUUAUACUCAUAUGACCGAUGGGGCUCAAGAAGCUUAAAAGGUCAUAUCUAAUCAUUGUAUUAUUAUUUGAAAGCUCAUUCGUUUGACUUUAUACUUUUCUACUUUUUAUGUAAUUAUUAUCAAAUAUAACCAUUUCAUUCUUACAAUUUUGUAUGUUUGAAGCGCUAGAAUGUACGGCUGCAAUGAGAAGUAAACCCUUCUAGAAUGUAUCUAGUCAAACAAACCUAAUCAUUCGAAAAGAGGAACAUGAAAGAAUGAAUAAACUCCUUUACCAACUGUACCCGUAUACUUCUUGACUACCCCCAUUUAAAAAUGAGACUAGUUUUCU